GAGUAUUGUGAUACAUAGUAAGUUCCAGGAUAGCGGAGAAAGGUUGGUUUUUAUCAUCGUCUUAGAAAGAACUGGAGAUAAGUAACGAGGAAGUGGAGUGCAGGUGACAAGAGAUAAAUAAUGUGCUCAGUACCAACAUGAGAUUUGGAGUUGUAGCAGCAUGAAUAUAAGGAACCUGGCGUGAAAUGCACAAACUUCAGAUCAGCAAAAAUAAGCAAAAUAGAUACUCUUAGGAUGGUUUUGUUGCUGCUUUUGGUAAUUGCUGUAAGUGUGGGGCAAGCAAACAUGAUAUACGAUGUGAACUUGCCUGCAGAGCUAAUGCCUUACUGGUUUCAUACAAAUCCCAAAGCAGCAGAAGCAUGCAAGCAAGAUGAGCAGUGUGCAUAUGCGGAACUGUUGAAAACAAGCAAUGCAAGUGUUUGCUGGGGCUACGAAGACGAUUGUACAGAAGACCAUCAGUAUUCGCAUCCAAAAUGUGAUGGGCAGUUUAUUAGUAAAGGCAGCAGUAUACACAACAAAGUGGACCAGGUGAGCACCUUCUACAAGACAGCAGACUUCGGUUAUGUUAAGAAGAAGAUGGAGUCACUGACUGUUGUAUGCCAGCCGGAACAUGAGGGUGAUUCAAUCUUAACCUGUGCAGAGCAUACGCGCUACUGUCGUGCAACAAACAUCUACUUUGAUCUCACAAAGCUCAAUUCAAAAUCUCGCAAAACUAGGUACCAGGAAAACAUCUUCGCGAAAGGGGAUGUUGGUGGUCGAUGCAAAUUGAAGAAGAAUGUGCUCAGAAACAUGGGCUCUCAUAAGAGCCCUCUACAGUCGUGGUACGCAGAGCUGGAGAUGUAUACGAGUCUAGAUUACCUCCCGAUCCAAGAUGGCCGAUGUGAUAUAGUGAUCGAUAAGCCAACUUUCAUCGUCAAGUUAGAUGCUGGUGUGAGUCUCUACCACCAUUUCUGUGAUUUUAUCAACUUGUACCAGUCGAUGCACAUGAACAACUCUUUUAGCACGGAUGUGACUAUCGUCAUGUGGGACACGUCAUCCUGGGACUAUGCAGACUUCUUUGUGGAUACCUGGAGAGCUUUCACAGAUUACAACAUAGUUCACCUGCGCCAGCUAGAUGGGAAGAAGGUUUGUUUCAAAGAUGUCGUUUUCCCAUUGCUGGCCAGGAUGCGCUAUGGACUAUAUUACAACAUGCCCUUGGUGCAUGGCUGCAACGGUAGUGGUGUGUUCCACUCCUUCAACAGAUUCCUGCUACACAGACUAGAAAUUAAGCGAAAUAUUCCAAUACCAGGCAAGGUGCGAGUUACUGUGCUCCAGAGGAACACGAGGUACAGGAACGUGCUCAACCAGGUGGCUCUGGUAGAGGCUUUGGAGCGUGAUGCACAGCUGCUGGUCACCUUGGUGGAGUACAACACUAGCGUGCCAUUUCUCGAUCAGAUGCAGCAAUCUCAGAUGUCGGAUGUUUUCAUCGGCAUGCAUGGUUCAGGACUUGCCCACCUGCUCUUUCAGCCAGACUGGGGCGUACUGUUUGAACUGUACAACUGCGGUGACUCGUACUGCUACAGUGAUCUCUCGAACCUGCGAGGUGUCAAAUACAUGACCUGGGAGGAUGAGAGCAAGGUCACACAGCAGGAUAAGGGACACCAUCCGACGCUUGGUGCUCACCAGAAGUUCACCAACUAUGAGUUUGACGUCGAUGAAUUUGUCAGAAUGGUGAACAAGGCAAAGCUGUACGUACUCUCGCAUCCAACCUACGUCGCUGCCGUUGCCACGGCGCAGCCUCCAACCACGCACGGCGAGCGCGAGCAGACGACAGCAGACGUUGACAACAAAGACGAAUUGUGAUGCUCACAAAACUGCCUAGGGGAAUUCGACCAAUUUUAGAAUAAGCGCGGAUUACAUAUGUCCAUCCCCUUUUAAUUGUCUGAAAUAUUAUUAAUCGUCACGGUGUUAUGAUGGUUUGUCUUUAAUGGUGGCUAUAUAUAAUGUGAAAUUACUCAUGGGAAAGUAUGUUUCCUAAAAAUUGGACACUGACUCGGUCUCUUGUUUAAUCCACGUUAUCGCUCUCCUAAAUCAAUAGGAUCCCCUCUACCACACUAUUACUAGUUUUCUUGCCAAUGCCAACUGAAUUCUAAAUGACUGAUUGUGUGUGACGAGGCAUAUAUUCUCCGUAAUUAUAGGGACGUUGUUGCUACCACCUAAUUAAUUGUAACCUUAUUGCUUUUUACUACAGCCUGGGAAUAACUAUAGUGCCAUAGCUACUUCAUGCACACCCAGCAACGUUAUCGGGGAGAGGUAAUUGUGAUUGGUAAAUCGAUUAAAAGUGUCUCUGAAGCAAUAAAUUAACUUAUUCCGCACUGUAUGUAAGUUGCAGUCGAUGUGUGAGGUGCGCGUGGAUGCGCACCGCUGGACUGAAAAACUGCAGUUGAGACCAUUUUCCAAUUUUAUUUGAGGCUUGUCUUUUGAUUACGCUCAGAGAAGAGAAUCAACACCACACUUUGUUGGUCUAAGCAAGGCUAGAUGAGUCCAGCGUGCCAUAAGAUAGACAUUCACGAAAUGAUGCUAUUAAUAUAAGUAGUCAGGGUGAUUAGUAGAAUAAUUGUGCAGCUUUUGGUGGAAUAUGAACAAGUGUACACAUUUUUAAUAUAUUUUAUUA